ACCGACUGAGUGAGCAGCGUGAAACGCGUGGAAACGGAUGAAAACACGCACAAACAAACGAAGGGGGGAAAAAAAAACGAGGAGGCGGACGAGUCAAUCUGCGCGGCUUGAGCUGACAGCUGUGAGGUGACGGCGGGACUGAGUCUCUGCUGCGUUUGGAGCCUGAGUCAGAGUGGAGGAGAAAAGAGCCAGGGAAGAAGGACGCAGUGUGGGCGGGUUAAGAAACGCCGAGAGGGAGGGCACGUCAGCGUAACAUUCCCACCGCUUUUCUUCUUCCUGCCGAGUGGGAAAAAACAAGGACGUCCGCCGCUUUCCUCUUCCUCCCCACAUUUCAUCCCUGAUAACCCCACCUGAGCGUCCUUUCUCGAACAGCUUCCGGCCGCUUCCGUCUCCAUCCACCCGCACCUCGGAGGCUGAGCUCUGGGUUUGUUGUCAGCCUCCGGGAGACGAGCUGAUCUGAACCGAACCGAGCGUUAGGGGCGUGAGAGGCGGAUGCUGCGAGCGUAGAGGCAGGGUACCAACCAGGAGCAUCACCGCACUCUGAACGAUGGACAGAAUGAAUUUUCUCUCCUUCCUCCUCCUUUGCUUGACUUCGGUUGCCAAUUGCAACAAAGCCAAUAAGCACAAGCCAUGGAUCGAGACAGAGUACCAGGGGAUUGUGAUGGAGAACGACAACACCGUGCUGCUCAAUCCCCCUCUCUUCGCCUUGGACAAAGACGCUCCGCUUCACUACGCUGGUGAAAUCUGUGGCUUCCGGGUUCACAAUGGCCCCUCGGGAUCCGGUUCCGUCCAGUUUGAAGCUGUGGUUCUGGACCGCUCCACCGGCGAGGGUCUGGUCCGGUCCAAAGAGCCGCUGGACUGUGAGAGCCAGCGGGAGCACAGUUUCACCAUCCAGGCCUAUGACUGCGGAGAGGGACCCGACGGCGUCAACAGCAAGAAAUCCCACAAGGCCACGGUUCAUGUUCGUGUGAACGACGUCAACGAGUUCUCCCCGGUGUUUGUGGAGCGUCGCUACGAGGCUUCGGUCCCCGAGGGCCGUCUGUUUGACAGGAUCGUGCGGGUCGAGGCUCUGGAUGCCGACUGCUCCCCGCAGUACAGCCAGAUCUGCUUCUAUGACAUCAUCACUCCCAACGUGCCCUUCGCUAUCGACAACGACGGUAACAUUAAGAACACGGAGCCGUUGGAUUCGAAGCGGCAGCGUGUUCACACCUUCUGGGUGACCGCUUUCGACUGUGGGAAGAAUCGCGCUCAGGCUGAUGCCCAGGUUGUCGUCACGGUCAAGCCGUCCUGCAAACCCGGUUGGAUCGGAUGGACGAAACGUGUGGAGUACACACCCGGGUCAGGCAGCAUCCCCUUGUUCCCCAGCCUGCAUCUGGAGACCUGUGAGGAAACGGUGUGGAACAUCCAGGCCACCGUAGAGCUCCAGACCGGCCAUAUUGGGAAGGGCUGUGACAGAGACAGCUACUCUGACCGUUCUGUUCGCCGACUGUGUGGUGCCGUCAGGGGCGAAGUCGAUCUUCUCCCACCUCCAUCUCCAGCAGCCAACUGGACCUCGGCUCUGCCCACUCUCCCUUCUUCCGAUUCUUCUCUGGUCUUCUCCUUCAACGGGUCGAAUCACGUGGCGGUGGUUCCCAACUCGGUUGUGUCCGCUCUGUCGGGCGACCACUUCACCCUGCAGCUGUGGAUGCGUCGGGGCGGCGCCAACAUCCAGCCUUCAGCCACUCAGUCCAGAGGAAAUCGCAAAGAGGAGGAGACUAUUGUGUGCAGCACCGUAAAGAACGAUGACUCCUACUCCCAUUAUUCGCUCUCCGUCCACGGCUGCCGCCUCUCCCUCUUCUACUGGCCCGAUGUCUCGGCCGCACGGCCCGUCAAGUUCCUCUGGAAGCUGGAGCAGGUGUGUGACAGCGAAUGGCAUCAUCUGUCCCUCAGUGUCCAGUUCCCAUCAGUGACGCUGUAUGUGGACGGCGUCACCUUUGACCCUGCCCUCAUCCAUGACAACGGCGCCAUCCCGAACCCCGCGCCCCGUCAGAGGAUGCUCAUCGGCGCCUGCUGGGAACCCGAAGAGAAGCAGAAGGAGAUACUAAACAACACAAUCCCAGAGGGAAAAGACUCAGUGAAGUUCGUGGGUGGUUACCACGGCCUGCUGUCAGGGGUGACUGUGCGUCCUGGCAGCGUGGAGCCGCACAGUGUGGUGGAGUGCUUGUACGCCUGCAGGGAGGGACUGGACUUCGGAGACCUGGAGACUCUGGGUUCUGGGAUGAAGGUCCAUGUGAACCCCAGUCAGUCGGUGCUGGUGCUGGAGGGAGACGACAUCGAGAGCUUCAACCGAGCCGUUCAGCAGGUCACCUACAGAAACUCGCUUCGCUUCGCCACCCCUGGAGUCCGACCUCUCAAGCUCACCACUUCCCUCAGGUGUUUCAAUGAGGAAAGCUGCCUGUCACUGAAACAGCUGGAGGGAUACCUGGUGGUUCUCCAGCCCGACGCCCCUCAGAUCUCUCUGUCUGGGGUCGGCCCACAUCUGGCCCGUCCGGCCCCUGAGUUUGAAGGACCCCGCGGCGUCCCCCUCUUCCCGGAGCUGCGGAUCGUCUGCUCACUGUCGCAUGCUGUCAACACGGCUGCACAGGGCAUGGAGGGCGGAGCUCUGAUGUCGGAUGCCGUGGCUCACACUUUGGACGGAUGUGAGGUGCAGCCGCUGGGGGAGGAGCUGAAUCCAGAGCGGGAGGAGCUUCUGGUAGACAUGGACGUUGUGCGAGAGCGAGGACUGGAUAUCAUCAAUACCACCGCUUACAUCGCAAUUACAGGUGCUGAAUCCAUCUCUGUGUACGAGGACGUCCUCCGCUCAGUCCGGUACCGCCUGGCCAGAGGCUCUGGACGCUUCGAGAGGCGGUUCCGCCUGUCGUGCUCCGAGAUGAAUGGCAGAUACACGAGCAAUGAGUUGACUCUGGAGGUGAACUUCCUCCACUCUUUGGAAAGCCUAUACCACCCUUCCCACCUGCUGGCCUCACAGCAGCAGUUCCUCCAUCCAUCUCAUCAUUCUGGAGAGCUGAGUGGACACACCUUGCCGAACCCACACCGCAACUCAGUGGUUCCAGGAGCAGCCACCGUCAUCAUUAUGGUCUGUGUGGGCUUCCUGGUUGUCAUGGUGAUCCUCGGUGUCUUCCGAAUUCGCUCGAUCCAUCGCCGAGGUGAAGGCUCCAGGGGCGGGGCUAAAGAGGGCAGCAACCAAUGGGACGACUCGGCGCUCACCAUCAUCGUCAACCCAAUGGAGUCCUACGAAUCCCGUAUGGGCAUUUCCGCCGACACGGAGGGCGAUGGAGAGGAGGAGGAAGAGGAGGCAGCGGAGUCACCUGACGACGCAAGCGACGACCAGCGUAUCAUCAUCAAGAAGGAGGGCAGAGACGGAAACGCCCGCCGCUACUGAGCCGCAUCUCUCCAUAAAUCAGCUCCCCAGUCACACACUCCGACACUUUUAAUAUCAAACUGACGCCACUAGUAUAAGGAAUGUAUGCU